CAGUAUUUCUCUGUGAGCGUGCUUCUCGAGCCCAUCCGAUGUUCUCCCGCGAAUGUCUCGCCCGUGGAUUUUUUUGGUGGACGGCGCGAACUGACGUGUUGCGCGGGACGCGUCACGUUGCCGCUACUCCUCGCACGAUCAGCUGUUCCGAAAGCAACGACCGAAGGGGCACGACCAUUUGCGCCCUGUCCUCAGGACGCGGAAAAUGCGGCGUGGCGGUGGUAAGAUUAUCGGGAAGCCGAUCUCUGGAAGCACUGAAAAGGAUGACGAAUAUAUCGAAAUUGGUACCGAGAACAGCUUUUUUACGGAAGAUACGCGAUCCGGAAACCGAGGAAGUCAUUGACAAUGGGCUCUGUCUAUGGUUUCCGGGUCCGCAUUCGUUCACCGGCGAGGAUUCCGUGGAAUUCCACGUGCACGGUGGCACGGCGAUCCUGACACGAUUGAUGCAAGCCCUCUCGAAACUGCAAGUGCAUCCGGCUCUGCCAGGCGAGUUCACCAGACGCGCCUUUUACAAUAACAAGCUGGACCUGACAGAGGUGGAGGGUCUGGCCGACUUGAUAGAGGCCGAGACCGAGUGCCAGAGGAAACAGGCGCUUCUGCAGGCCGAUGGUGUCCUACACAAGUUAUAUGACGGCUGGCGAAAGGUCCUCUCGGAAUCCGUAGCGAGUAUCGAGGCGUACAUUGACUUUGGCGAAGAGGACAACAUCGAGAGCGACGUGGUGCAGCGGGCGCACGAUGCUCUCAGACAGUUGGUGCGGGAUCUGGAAGAACAUCUGGCUGAUGGUAGACGUGGCGAGAUCCUACGCAAUGGAAUUAGGACUGUGAUCGUCGGCGAGCCAAACGUGGGCAAAAGCAGUCUGUUGAAUCAUCUGGUGCAACGCAACGCCGCCAUCGUCACGCCUGUCGCUGGCACCACGAGAGACGUCAUCGAGCUGAGUGCCAACAUCUCAGGCUAUCCCGUGUUGAUAGCAGACACCGCGGGCAUCACGAAUAAUACUAAAGAUAUCGUCGAGGUCGAGGGUAUCCGUCGUGCGAGAAGUUACGCGGAGAACGCUGAUUUCGUUAUCGUCGUGAUGGACGCAUUCAAGUGCGUGAUCAGCGAAAUGACGUAUGAAGAUUACUUGCGCGGAUAUCUGUCGUCGUUGGGAAUAUACGAACUGUUAACGAAAAUGGGCAAGGAACGUUUCAUCGUGAUAAUGAACAAGAGAGAUUUACUGAAAGCGGAGGACAAACGUCGCCUGGACGAUGUUGAAGCGGUUCUCAUAUCUUGCAAAACAGAAGACGGCUUUGAGGACUUGCUGCAAUCGCUAACAGAUCGCUUCAGUAACAUAUGCGGCGAACCGUCCGCGGAAAAUCCAACCAUCAGUCAGGAGAGACAUAGAAAUCAUUUGACACGCUGUCUGAGACAUUUGCGGAAUUACUUCCAAUUGUGCGGCAAUGAGCAACACGACAUGGCCAUAGCGGCGGAGGAGAUACACAAAGCGAUGAGAGAACUCGGAAGGAUAACGGGACACGUCAGCACCAAUGAGAUAUUAGACAUUAUAUUCAAAACCUUUUGUAUCGGCAAAUGAUGGACCGUUGCCGCCACACAUUUUUGUACAAACAAAAUGUACGUUUCUGCGUACUUUUCCUUACAGGAUAUUUGAUAAUGUCUGAGA